UUUGCAUGAGUUACCAUGUUAUCUCUUACUAGUUACUAUUUACUCGAGUUGCCAUGUUAUCUCUUCCAGUUGUUCGGAGAUGCGGCUUUUGCUCAAACUGUCUUGGAAAAGAGAGGUGUGGAUGACGUAUUUGCUGUUGUUUUCGCAUGGGGUGUUGGAGUAAUGAUGGGUUUGGCUACGGCUAUGGGAGUUUCAGGUGGCCACAUUAAUCCUGCAGUUACUGUAGCAUUUGCAACUCUUGGAAAAUUUCCUUGGAAAAAGGUACCCGUGUAUCUUGUGGCUCAACAUCUGGGAGCAUUCGUAGCUUCGGCCAUCAUAUACUUCAAUUAUAUUGACGCACUCAGCUGGUUUGAUGGAGGCAACAGAACAGUUCUAGGCCCAACAGGGACAGCUUUCAUCUGGGCUACAUAUCCCAAGGAGUACGUGUCUACUGCGAACUGCUUCUUAGACCAGGUGAGUGUGUGAAUGAAGCUACUUCUAU